AUGCAUGAUUUUGAUGAAGGAGUAUAUAAGUAUGGAAUGAGCCAUAUAUUACAUCACUACAUUUACAAUAUAAAAAACAUAACUCUUAAUACUUUAAAUGAUCGUUUGAAAGGUUUUGAUUAUACGUCAAAUAAUAUUUCAAACAGACUUCCAGCUUUAAGAGAGCAUGAAGUGAAAAAGAAACAUUUGUCUUUUUCUGCUAAUGAAAUGAGUAAUUUUUUGCUUCUAUUUCCAUUUCUUGUUGGAGAAGAUGUUUCUUAUGACGAAGUAUGGGAAUAUUAUUUGAUUUUACGUAAAAUUCAUGAUUUGGUUAAUGCAAAAUAUCUCCAAAAGGAAUGCGCUGGGUUGCUCGGAGUAUUAGUAGAGGAACAUCACGUAAAAUAUUGCAAUGUUUUUAUGGAUAAUCUAAAACCAAAACAUCAUAAUAUGACACAUUAUAAAACUAUAUUGAAAAAAAGUGGACCUCCAUCCCAUUUAAGUGUUGCACGAUUUGAAUCCAAAAAUAGAUUAUUGAAACUUGCUGCAAAUGCCACGUGUUCUCGUAAAAAUAUAACGCAUUCACUUGCUGUAAAAGAACAGUUGUAUCUUUGUUAUAGAUUUUCAUCUAAAAUAGGUUUGAUUGAUAAUCAGAAACUAGGUUCGAUACUUUUUGCGGAUGACAUCUCAUAUUUCAAUAAUUACUCUACAUUUAAGAACUCUUUACCAGCAAAUUUUAUAGGCAAAUGUUUAGAACUUUCUUGGGCUCAAUUUAAGGGAAUUUGUUAUAAACCUAAUUUAUGUGUAGUUGUCAACAUAUCUUUUGAUCAUCUUCCUCAGUUUGGCAUUGUGAGACACGUUUUGUGUAAUGAUUCUAAUUUAUGUUUAGUAUACCAAAAUCUUCUUAAUAAGAGAUUCUGCAAAAAUCUUCAUGGUUGGGAAGUUGAAGUACUGUCUGAAAUGUCUUGUAUUCUUGUGGAACAUUUAUGUCAUCCUUUUCCUGCUAUUAUUGCACGUUUACCCAAAAGUGGAAGUCUAUUGGUCUCAACGAAAUAUGCUUUGUAA